AUUCCACAUUCCAUACAAUGUUUUUUUCUGUAAAGAAAUUCAUUCUGAAUGUAUUGCAAAGUACAUUUAUUCACUUUACCUAAAAUUAAACAAUGAAUAAAUUAAUAUAAAUGUCAUUUUAAGAAUUUCAAAUUGAAUAGCCUUUCUACUUAAUUAUUUUUGUUGACUAUUAUUAGCUUGUAUUCUAAUUAUUUACAUUAUCAUUUCCAGCUAUGGACGAGGACUUUAUUAUUGAAGAUCCUAUUGAUGAUACUUCGGACGAUGAUGUGGAAGAAGAUUCUGAUUUUGAGGAUGAUUAUGAUGAAGAUGAUAAUGUUCCUGAUAACCCCGAGAAAGAAAUUAUAGGCGAAUAUCUUCUGUAUUUGAGAAGUAGUACAAGAGCAACUAAUGAAGACGUGACUAAUAUAUUAAGGAAAAUGGAAGUAGUUGUAAAGUGGUAUCUUUCUCGUCAUCUAAAUAAUAUUAGAAAUAUUCUAGGAGAGACACACAAUAUAAAUUUGAACGAGUACAUAGACAUAGACGAAAUUAUUAAUAACAUUGACUGCAGUCAAGGACUGAAUAGCAUUCAUAACCAAAAUAAAUAUUUUGAGGAAAAAUUUAAAGUUGUAUUGCCUGAUAGAAUUAGGCUGGGUGAGAAAUUUGUCCCGUAUGGUUCAUCUUCAAUAUAUGGGAAUCAGCCAUUAAAAAUAAAGAAAGACGAAUUUAUUCACGUCCCUAUUUCGAAGGUGCUGACUGCGUGGUUAGGAAACGGCUCAUUUGGGAAUAUUUUAUUUAAUCCAAGAAGGAAUGAGAAUCAAGCCAUUGAAACUUAUAUGGAUGGAAGCUAUUUCCAAAAUCAUUCCUAUAAAUUGCAAAAACCAAACUGUAAGUUUAUAAAACUUUAUUUUGACGAAGUAGAUAUGUGCGAUGCCGUGGGGUCUAAAUCAUCUUCUACUAACAAAUUAGGCAUGUUCUAUUGGAUGGACGAUGAUAUAUCUUCUGAAAAUAAGUCACAGUUAAAAUUUAUUAAUUUAGCUGGAGUUGUAUCCAACCCUCAUAUAAAUGUGUAUGGAAUGAACGCCAUUCUUCAGCAUAUUAUCAAUGACCUAAAGCAAAUUCAAAAUGGUAUUCGAUUGUCAAACGGUGACGUCAUUUACGGAACAUUAUCAGUCUUAAUUGGAGAUAAUCUUGGUGUUCAUCAGUGUUGCGGUUUUCGAGAAUCGUUCAGUGCACUUCAUCCUUGUAGAAUAUGCAAGGCAAAUAUGACUCAAAUAAAAACUAUGUGCAGUGAAGAUGCUACGAUUCUACGAACAGCAGAAGAGCAUGAACGUCGAGUUCAGGAAAUUGAAGCUGCCGUUGGAGAGCAACAAAAAGCUGCUCUUCGAACACUAUAUGGCAUUAACAGAAGAAGCGUGCUUAAUGAAAUUGAAAAUUUUGAUGUUACGCAAUCCACCCCACCGGAUUUAACUCACGACGAUUUAUUAGGAAUUUGCAUCAUUACAACAAGAUUGUUUCUGAAGGAAGUUUGCUGUACGUUAGAAUUGAUCACGCUUCAUGACUUGAACCAAAGAAUAGCAAAUUAUGACUAUGGAUAUACCGAGAAAUCUGCUAAACCUUCACCAAUUACUGAGACACAAUUGUUAGAUGCUUCUAAAGGAUUUAAGCAGACGGCUUCACAAAUGUUACAGUUGGUGACAAUGCUACCGUUAAUUGUUUCUGAUAGAGUUGUUCAAGGGUGGUCACCGUUGGAAAAUUAUUUAAAAAUGUUGGAAAUUAUAUUAAUAUCGCAUGCUGACAAAAUACCAAUCUCUAUUUUAGGUUACUUGGAAUCUUGUAUAUCUGAAUAUCUUGAAACUUUUCAAACAUGUUACAACAGAGAUUUAAUUCCAAAACAGCAUUUCUUGGUUCAUAGAAUAAGAGCAAUUCUUAAAUUUGGACCUCUACAAAACUACUCAACAAUGAGAGCUGAAGCUAAACAUCAAUACUUUAAGAGAAUCGCACAAUGUAUGAGGACUUAUAAAAAUCUACCUUUAACUCUUGCUAAUAAACACCAAUUGAAUCAAGCAUACGUAAUGAAUGGAAUAUUGGAUCGAGAUCUCAGUGUAGGUCCAACAAAAUGGGUCUCUAUACUUGCACUUCCCUUUAGUGCAAUGUUUCCAGAUGUGAGACGCCUGCAGAUAGCUAAUUGGGUCAAAAUAAACGGUAUUAAAUAUGUUUCGACCAAGUGCUUCUUAGCUGUACGUUAUAGUGACCAAAAUAUACCUGAAUUUGCAGCAUUACAUGCUAUUAUCUGGAGAAAUAAUAGUGCACUUUUCGUUUGCCGUACAGUAACCACUAUGGAACACAAUGUAAAUUUAAUGGCGUAUGAAAUUCGUAUUAACGAAGAUUAUAUAUGCUUGUCGAUUAACGAUUUAUUGACAGUUGAUGUAUUCCAUGCACAUCGGUGGAAUAAUUCUCAAUAUAUAAUACUGAAAAAAGCCCUAGGAAAUUUACACUGAUACAUUUCGCCAUGGAGAAGGAAAUCAGUUUGAAUUUCAAAGAGGAGGUGUUAGGAUUUGGGCAACAAAUAAAGCAGUACAUAUAAUGAAUCCUUUCUGGUAAAAUAUUACAUAAGUGACUCAACUAUAAACCCUUAAAAAAAUAAUUAAAAUAUCAUUUCGUACAGAAACAGAACAAGUCCAUGAUAAGUUUUUUAUUUACUUGUGAUAUUCUUGACGUAUUUUAAUAAUUUAUAUUAAAUAGUUUAUAUUAUAAAUAAAAAACACUCAAAGGAAGCAAAAAGUGA